GAUAUUGCCGCUCUUGUUGUUGACCAUGGCUCCUGGCUUUGCAGGAGACGAUGCCGCUCGGGCUGUCUUCCCUUCCAUUGUUGGGUGCCCCAGACAUCAGAGUGUGAUGGUAGGUAUGCGCCAGAAAGACAGCUAUGUGGGGGAUGAGGCCCAGAGCAAGAGAGGUAUUCUGACCCUGAAGUACCCCAUCGAACAUGGUAUCAUCACCAACUGGGAUGACAUGGAGAAGAUCUGGCAUCAUACUUUCUACAAUGAGCUCUGUGUGGCCCCUGAAGAGCACCCUGUGCUGCUCACAGAAGCUCCCCUGAACCCCAAACAGGUGACUCAGAUUAUGUUUCAGACCUUCAACACCCCAGCCAUGUACGUUGCCAUCCAAGCUGUGCUGUCGCUGUAUGCCUCUGGUCGUACCACUGGUAUUGUGAUGGACUCCGGUGAUAGUGUGACCCACACUGUGCCUAUCUAUGAAGGUUAUGCCCUUCCCCACGCCAUCCUCCAUCUGGAUCUGGCUGGCCGUGAUCUGAUGGACUACCUCAUGAAGAUCCUGACCGAGAGAGGGUACAGUUUCACUACCACAGCCGAGAGGGAAAUUGUGCGUGACAUCAAGGAGAAGCUGUGUUACGUCGCCCUAGACUUCGAGCAGGAGAUGGCCACUGCUGCAUCUAGCUCUUCUCUGGAAAAGAGCUAUGAGCUCCCUGAUGGUCAGAUCAUCACCAUUGGCAACGAGAGGUUCCGAUGCCCAGAAGCCCUUUUCCAACCAUCUUUCUUAGGUAUAGAAUCCUGUGGAAUCCAUGAAACUACCUUCAACUCAAUCAUGAAGUAUGAUGUUGACAUCCGUAAGGAUUUGUAUGCCAAUACCGUAUUGUCUGGUGGUACUACCAUGUACCCAGGCAUUGCUGACAGGAUGCAGAAGGAGAUUACAGCCCUAGCUCCCAGAUCAAUGAAAAUCAAGAUCAUUGCCCCACCUGAGCGCAAAUACUCUGUCUGGAUUGGAGACUCCAUCCUGGCCUCUCUCUCCACCUUCCAACAGACGAGGAUCAGCAAGCAGGAGUAUGAUGAAUCUGGGCCCUCCACUGUCCACCACAAAUGCUUCUAA